AUGGAUGCCGAGGCAGGUCUCCCUGAGCACUGCGUUGCUUUGCUCAACAUGUCUGUACAGCGUGGCUACGAGGAGCUAAAAUCGCGUUUGGAAAGCUUCAAAAACUACAGUUUCUUUAUUUCGACCUGUGCUCUUGUCGGUGAGACAUUUCAGCGGUUUUGCGAUGCUUCUCCUGCACACUACAUCUCUUUCUUGCGUAAACUACCAAUCAUCGAGCUGGUAAGAAACGUCCCUCAGAUACUGUCCUUGUUUGAGUGGAAGGCUCGUGACUCACCUACUGCUGAACAAGACUUGAAGAAGGCUGUGACAGAUUUCCUUCUGGCUACUAGCGAGAGCAGUAUCGAUGUGUUGAAAGCAGUGCGAAGAGAACGGAUUCAGUUAGUGGAUAAAGAUGUGGUGCGUAAUACAAUGUUUGUGUCACUCGGAGCUAACAGGAGACAAUUUGCUGCGCGCAAUGCUCUCAAUUGGCGUCUGUCCAGAGUUUGGCCAGCGCACUGGGCACUUUUAAUUCAAGAGGUGUCAAACCAACUGAUGCAGCCGCGCAGAAGGAUUGCUGCAUCUCGAAUGGCCCGCUGUGGCCAAGCGGCCUCUGUGCCGGAAUGGGAGGCUCUACGAGAUGAGGUUCUUGACCUCACCGUGAGCAUCUAUAAUGGCGUAAUUGAACCUGACGAGGCUAUCAGUACUGUAACCCGUGAAAUGCUCUCGGACAUACGGAUCCCUCAUGACAAGAACGUUCUGCAACUAUUCCUUACGAUUGAUAAAAAGGCAAAAGGAGCGACUCAUGGAAGGCUCAGCCUAGAGAAAAGCGUUGAGGUUCUGAUAGGAAAGAGUGAAGAACUGAUGCAGGAGGCGUCAUCUCCAGAUGAUCCAGUGCUAUGGCAAUCUCGUAAUUUAGCCGAAGCCGCUCGGGAUAUUGCACCAAAAGUGGCUACACAGCAACUCAAACUUCUCGACACAGUGGAUUUGGCUCGCGAGCUUGGAUCUACAGCAGUGCCAGUUGCUAUCAAAUUUGCUGAACCGUAUGCCUUCCUGGAAGAGAUAGUCAAGUUGAAUGGGAACUAUAAGCAGGGUAAAAAAUGCGCGAAGCUUGCUGUUCUGCUUGGAGUGGAGACUCCAGUUGCCACGCGCUGUCGCUAUGUGCCCUGUCUGCCCUUAUCGCCCAUGAUGAGCGAUAUCUCGGAAAAUACAUCCAUGAAGUCAUCGCAAAGGUAUUUCCGUCAUAAAUAUCAUGUUGGGUGCUAG